CUAAAAAGAAAAUAGACUUAGUACAAAGUUUGUCCCCACUUCGACCUACUGUGAUAAUUUUUCCGGGAGUUCGUUUGUCAGCCCUCCUCUCCCGCCGGUGAUGGGCCGAUUAUCUCUCCGUCUCCUACUUCUACAUUCUCUUCUGACUUUCAACACCGAACUCGAGUCAUAGAGAAUGGGAAUGGGCAUGGGAGCAAAAUCCUAACUUUUGCGCUGGAAUUUCUUGAUCGGUUUCUACCCGCAUGAAAAUGGCGUAGAUGCUUCGCGGGAGAUCUGGAGAUGGCGAUCGCUGCCAUUUUCACAUCUAUGGUGCUUUUCUCCCUCAUACUAUCCGUCAUUUUUUCGGCGGUGACUGAUGGCUCGCCGGCCCGCUUCAGUGCACUGAGUGCUUCUAGUAGUUUCCUAAUAGGCGGGCGGAAUUUCGCGCCUAUUUCCGACGGGCUUCUUAAGUUCACGCCAUUGGCAUCUGGACAUGUGGCAAUGGCUCCAGAUGCCGGGUUUCUGCUCGUAUUGGCUGCGAAGAGAACUAGGAGGCCAGAUGUGUUGAACAAGUUGAGGCCUUACAGAGGAGGCUGGGACAUCACCAAUAAGCAUUACUGGGCGUCUGUUGGGUUUACAGGUGCUGCUGGAUUUAUUCUUGCAUUUAUAUGGUUUCUAUCAUUUGCAUUCGCAUUUGCUGUAUUUCAUUUUUGUGAUUGGAGGACGACUAUCAAGGAGAAAGCAUCAGAACGGUCAAAACAAGGCAUCUAUCUUCUAUUAUUGCUGCUGUUCACUUGCGCUGCAUCGAUUGGUUGCAUACUUUUAUCUGUUGGUCAGGAUGAAUUCCAUGAUGAAGUGUUCAAUACCUUAACUUUUGUUGUUCAGCAGUCAGAUUUCAUUGUUCAGAUUCUAAGGAAUGUCACAGAUUAUUUAUCCUUAGCAAAGACAAUUAGUGUGGAUGAGUUCUAUAUUUCGUCUGAUGUUCAGAAUAGAAUUAACAAGUUAGAUGUAGAUCUAAGGAGCGCAGCUUUUAUAAUAUUAGAAAAAACAACAGAGAAUUCGGAAAAGAUUACCAGAGCAAUGAAUUAUGCGAGGGUUGUUCUGAUUUUAGUAGCAGCAAUUAUGCUUUUGCUUGCUCUCACUGGCUUUGCACUCUCAAUUCUCGGGCACAAGCAGGCUAUUUAUGCGUUUACCUCAAUUGGAUGGCUACUUGUUACAGCCACACUUGUUUUAUUUGGAGUUUUUGUUAUCUUAAAGAACACUAUAGGUGAUACCUGUACUGCCAUGAAUGAAUGGGUGCAUUAUCCUCACACUGAGACAGCACUCAGCAACAUUCUUCCUUGCGUUGAUCUGAAAACAACAAAUCGCACAUUGUACCAAAGCAAAGAAGUCAUUCUCCAGCUAGUCAGUGUAGUCAAUUCGGUAAUUAGAUCCGUCGCAAAUUCAAACAAUGCAUCUUCAAAAUCUUCUGUGUUCUUCAAUCAAUCUGGAGCUGAAAUGCCACUUCUCUGUUCUCCAUACGAUUCCAAACUCCAGCUACGACAUUGCCAACCUCAUGAAGUUUCAUUCAGCAACGCUUCUUUGGUGUGGAAAAACUACAUAUGUGAAAUCUCCAAAUCAGGUUACUGUACUGGUGUAGGAAGGAUUUCUCCUAAUAUGUACACUCAGCUGGUGAUAGCUGUUAAUGCAAGCUAUGCUCUUGAUCACUAUACUCCAUUGCUUCUGAGCCUACAGGACUGUAAAUUUGUUCGUGAAUCCUUCAAUACUAUUACAACCAACUACUGUACUUUCCUGGAGCAAGAUCUCAGCAUGGUCAAUGCUGGGCUUGUCCUGAUCUCCAUUGGUGUUAUCCUCUGCCUCUUCUUGUGGAUCUUAUAUGUUAAUCGCCGCCAAAGUGAGGUUUCUGUAACUCUAUCUGAAGUUCUUGGAGUAUCUUCUCUACCUACUUAAUAAUUUUUUUAGUAUUGUCCUUAUAAUCAUUUGGCAUCUCAGAUGGAGCGAAGCGCCGUCUGAUGCUAAUAUAUUUGUGUCCUAAUGCAUAAUUAGGAGCCCUUUUUAAUGAUUAAUGGAGCAAGUUUUAACCAAA